UCGUAAACUUACGAUUACGUUUACGAUUAUUUCACGUGAACGUAUACGAGCGUUUCACAAAACAUGUCGUAGACGUAGCACUUACGAUUUCCGAGUUACGAGCACUUUAGGAACUCUUUAGUGCUGGAGGUAAAAUCGACACGAAGCAGACGAACGUAAACAAACCAACCAUGGAGGAGAGAAAAGCGAACUGGUCAGAGGCCAGUAUCAAUCUUUUGGUUGAUCUGGUGACAGAUCCAGAGCGAUGGGCCAUAAUUCGUGGAAAAUUUGGCCCAUCGCUCACCAUCCAGACCAAGCAGAGAGCUUGGUUUGAAAUAACAGAAAGAGUCAAUUCUUGCUCUUCCUGCGUCCGCAGUGUCAAAGACGUUAAGAAAAAGUGGCAAGAUAUACAGAGUCACACAAAGAAGAAGGCGGCCAACAGGAAAUCUGAAAUGAAGAAAACUGGUGGAGGGCCACCUCCUCCAGAACUUAAGCCUUGGGAGGAAAAGAUUGUUGCUGUGCUUUCUAAUGAUAUCAUAUCUGGAGUGGAGGGGGGAUAUGAAUCCCUGAAUGUGAUUUCACCCAUGGAUGAUUGCAUCCAAGAAUGUUCUAAAAAAAGAAAAUAUGAUGAGCCUCUCGAGGGAUGUGAUGCACCUUCAAUUGACAUAAACAAGCCACUACAAAGUGUAGGUGAAGAUGUAUCAGAAAUUAUGUCCACAUGUGCAAAUGGGGAUAGGCCAAUCAACAAAAAAAAGAAGAGAGACGUAGAAAAUUUCACAGUGUCUGCUGUGAAGGAUAGACUUUUGGACAUUGAAGAAGAAAAACUAAAAAUAAUGAAGGAACAUCUUGCCAUUGAAAAGAAAAAGAUGAGCAUCCUUGAAGACUAUGUUACCUGGAGAAAGCAACAGGACAUUUCGCCUUCAGUUUCUCCAGUGAUUAAAGGCCUUGUCAACUUAUGA